AUGGGUUCCGUCGCUCCUCACGUCGCUGAGCUUGAUGCCUCCAAGUUCAAUGUCACUCGCUCUACCGAACUGCGCGAUUUGCCUCUGCCUGGCUCCCCGGAGGAGCUGAGCCACUCUUACUGCACUGACCACAUGGUCACUGUGAGAUGGACCGAAGCCAAGGGCUGGGAGACCCCCGAGGUGAAGCCCUACCAGAACCUCAGCAUCCCACCCACAGCCUCUGUCCUGCACUAUGCUACCGAGUGCUUUGAGGGCAUGAAGGUGUACCGCGGAUAUGAUGGCAAGCUGCGUCUGUUCCGCCCCGACUGCAACGGCGAACGCUUGAACAACAGCUCACAGCGAUCCUCGCUUCCCGGAUUCAAAGCCGACGAGGUGAAGAAGCUCGUCGCCAAGUUGCUGCAGAUUGAUGGCCCUCGCUGGCUCCCUAACCCCGGCUCUUUCCUCUACCUCCGUCCCACCGUUAUCGGUAGCGGCCCCCACCUGGGCGUCCAGGUGCCCAAGGAAGCUCUCCUGUUCAUCAUUGCCGUUCCCUGGCCCGACUUCACCAAGAUGAAGAAGGACCCCAACGCCGAGCCCCCCAAGGGCCUGAAGCUCUACGCCUCUACCCCGGAUACCAUCCGCGCCUGGCCCGGUGGCUUCGGCUAUGCCAAGCUGGGUGCCAACUACGGUCCUUCCCUGCAGGCUCACGGCAAGGCCCAGGCUCUUGGCUUCGACCAGAUUCUCUGGCUGUUCGGAGAGGACCGCCAGGUCACCGAGGCUGGCGCCAGUAACUUCUUCAUUAUCUGGCACAACACCGAGGGCCAGCUGGAGCUUGUUACCGCCCCUCUCGACAACCAGCUCAUUCUGCCCGGUGUUACUCGACGCAGUGUUCUGGAGCUCGUGCGCGAGCGUUUGUCCAAGAACUUUGUUGGCAAGCUUGCGCCCCUCAAUGCUGUCGAGCGUACCUUGACCAUUGGUGAUAUCGAGAAGGCCUCCAAGGAGGGCCGUAUUGUUGAGUCCUUUGUUUCUGGCACUGCUUACUUCAUUACCCCCGUUUCCAUGAUCCGCAGUGAGAACACUGAUAUCUCCACCAUGGGCGCCAACGGCGAGCCUGCUGGAUACGCCGCGCAGAUCAAGUCGUGGCUCGAGGCUAUCAUGUUCGGCAAGGAAGAACACGACUGGACUUACACCAUCGAGGAGGAGAAAUAG